AGAAAGAAGAACAUGGAACAACAAAUCCAGCGAAACAAAACCCUAUCGACUUCAAAAAAUCAUACAACCUGUGCAAACAAAUUCUUCCGAUUCAACCUUCAACAGAAACCACACAAAAAUAGAUGACUCGCAAAGAACAUAUAGCGACGCGGUUGAAUCCAAAAACAUCGAUCAAUCCACAAAAACAAAAUCUCCUUCCAUCCUUUCGCCACAGAUUCCGAGAAGAAAAGAAAAGAAAAGAAAAAAACAGAGUUCAUAGAAAAUGGCCAGAGGCGGAGCUCACAAGAAAGAUGAAUCCGUAGCGGUAGCGAUCGAUAAAGACAAAUUCAGUCAACAGGCUUUGAAAUGGACGAUUGAACGGCUUCUUAGCAGAGGCCAAGUUCUUACUCUGCUUCACGUCAAACACAAACCGUCGCAUUCGACGACGAACGUCGGUGCCUGUUCCGAUUUGGAUGACGCCGUUGCUCAUAAACAGCAGGUUGAUAAUCAAGCCCAUCAGUUCUUCCUCCCCUUUCGUUGCUUCUGCACGCGAAGCAAUAUACCAUGCAAUGAAGUGACGUUGGAGGAGGGAGAUAUUUCAAAAGCAUUAAUCAAUUAUGCCAACAAAAAUGCUAUUGACGUUUUAGUUCUUGGUGCUCCUUCAAGAACUGGCAUUGUCAAACGAUUCAAGUCGGACAUCCCUAGUAUCGUGUCGAAAGGAGCACCAGACUUCUGCACAGUUUACACUAUUGGGAACAAAGGCAAGGUCUCUUCAAUGCGACAAGCUACAUCUCCAGCACCUGCAAAACCCAUUUCUACGUCGCACAGCCAGCCACAACCCGCUUCACGCCCUCAAUUGUUGCAUCAGCUCACCAACGCCUCCAAGGCAUCGGUCGAGCACCCGACCAUCCUGCGCUCCCAACACUCCAAACAUUUAGAGACUCAAGACAGCUUAGCAUCAAAUCCACCUUCCCGUGCCAUUCACGAAGAUUUUGAAAUCAAGUCGCCGUUUAAUCGGCCCGGGUCGAGGGCUUUGAUGGGCAAAGGACAGGACACAUCCACGGCGGAUUCCGACAUAUCGUUCAUGAGCAGCGGUAGGCAGAGCUUAGAUCGUGGGAACUCGCCGGCGUGGAACUCCAGCACCAGGGACUCGUAUCGGCUUUCAAACGGGUCGGGCUCGGAGCUCGAAACUUCGAGCCCGGGUUCAGCCUCGCCUUCGCCUAUGUUGGGAAUGGGAGGAAUGAGGUCCAUUGAUAGUAAUAAUAACUCUUCUUAUUCUAACCCUUACUCUCACGAAAUGUCUUCUGCCUCCGAAAGUGAGACCUCUUGGGCUUCCCAAUCUCAUGCCCAGGAGGAUGUUGAGGCUGAGAUGAGGAGGCUGAAAUUGGAGCUCAAACAAACCAUGGACAUGUACAGUACGGCCUGCAAAGAAGCCCUAAACGCCAAGCAAAAGGCGAGUGAGCUCCAUCGCUGGAAAAUGGAAGAAGAACACAGACUCGAAGAGGCAAGAAUGGCGGAAGGAGCAGCAUUGGCAAUAGCAGAGAAGGAGAAGUUGAAAUGCAAAGCGGCAUUGCAGGCAGCCGAAGUUGCACAAAGAAGCGCAGUUCAUGAAGCGAGGAAAAGAGCAAACGUCGAGAAACUUGCUGUUAUGGAAGCAGAGGAAACCAAAAAAGCACUUGAAGGAUUCGGACAUGGCGAUAUCGGUUACAGAAGGUACUCAAUCCAGGAAAUCGAAACCGCCACGAAUGGCUUCUCUGCUUCUUUGAAGAUCGGUGAAGGCGGUUAUGGUCCAGUCUACCGUGGAGAACUCGACCACACGCAGGUAGCGAUUAAGGUCCUCCGCCCCGACGCCGCUCAAGGCCGAUCGCAAUUUCAGCGAGAGGUUGAGGUUUUAAGUUGUAUUCGACAUCCAAAUAUGGUUCUCCUCCUUGGAGCGUGUCCUGAGAACGGUUGUUUAGUUUACGAAUUCAUGGCGAACGGAAGCUUAGAAGACUGUCUCUUCCGAAAACCAGAGGAUCCAGUUCUUCCAUGGCAGUUACGAUUCCGAAUCGCGGAGGAAAUCGCGACUGGACUUCUUUUCUUGCAUCAAACCAGACCAGAGCCGAUCGUGCAUCGAGAUCUGAAACCAGGAAACAUUUUGCUAGAUCGGAACUACGUGAGUAAAAUCAGCGACGUAGGAUUGGCGAGGCUUGUGCCGCCAUCGGUAGCGAAUUCGGUGACUCAGUAUCGAAUGACAGCGACGGCAGGGACUUUCUUCUACAUCGAUCCAGAGUAUCAGCAAACAGGAUUGCUAGGGAUUAAAUCAGAUGUUUACUCGCUUGGUGUGAUGCUUUUGCAAAUAAUCACGGCGAAACCACCAAUCGGACUAGCGCAUAACGUGGAGAGAGCGAUUGAGAAGGGGAAGUUUGCGGAGAUGCUUGAUCCGGAUGUGAAGGAUUGGCCGGUUGAAGAAGCGUUGAAGUUUGCGAAGCUUUCGAUUCAAUGUGCAGAGAUGAGGAAGAGAGAUCGGCCGGACCUUGGGAAGGUGGUGCUCCCGGAGCUUAGUCGAUUGAGAGCCAUGGCGGAAGAGAGUAUGGGAAUUCAACCCUACAGUAUCUGUGAUUCGCCAUGUAUGAGCCAGGCUUCUUUUUCUCAGGUAAGUUCGCUUCUCUUUUUCUUCGCCAUUAAUGGUGUUCAUAUCUCUUUCUCUCACCUUCCAAUUUUCAAAAUUAUAUGACUAAUUAAUGGAAA